AUGCGUUCCCAGGCUGCCAUCCUGCUUGGACUGAGCUGGGCCGUGAGCCCGGUUCUUGCCGGACAGGGCUUGACGAUGUCUGCUCCCAAUCUUGCUGAUUACUGCUUUUACGCUAUAUAUACCUCUAUCGGGUCUUAUACAUUCGAAGGGGCAACUUCGACCUCGUCGAGCUCUAGCUCUGGGCAAGGAUCUUCUUCUAGUCAAAGUAACUCUUCCAGUACCUCUUCACAUGGCUCGUCCAGCAGCUCAAGUGCCCACCGCCGCAGAGCUUUGCGAGAGAAGCGUGGUCACCACGGUGCGAGUUCGACAGGAGGUUGUACAAGCACCGUGGGCGUCAUGUCCUUGUAUGCCAGUGCAAAGGCGUGGUGCAAUGAGGAGCAAUUCAACUCCGCCAUUCCAACCUACUGGGAAAGUCUCUGUGAACAGAGCAGUGUGUCCCUGAUCAGCCUGACCGAGAUCGAGGCCAAUGCCACCGAUGAGUACAUCGCCUCCUUGCCUGUUAUCGACCCGGAAACGAAUAGUACGACCACGACUGGAACCAUUGAAUCCCCUGUCCUCUUGAGCCAUUCCUAUUACAAGCGGGCUUACAAGUCUUACGUUACUCACGACUAUGCUUUGAUCAAAGACAAACGCUAUGGAUGGGGUCUCAUGGGAUACUGGGGCGGUGUCUUGGCACUUGGAAUGAUAGUCAAGGCCUGGAAGUUUGUCCGAUCAAGUAUGAGACUUUCUCAUUCCGGUGACGCCGAGAAGAACAGCGCAGGCCCUCGAAGCAAGGUAUUCGCACCAGUCGCUGCUGUUGCACACUUCAUGCGCACAUACUUUGUGAUUCCUGCCAGCUUCGCUCCCUACCUGUCGAACCACCAACAGCUGUUUCUGUUUCACACCAUCCCCAAACGGCUGGAUAUGCUGAUCGUCUUUGGUUUCUGGGCUGUCGCCAUCAUCUUGUCCUGCGUCAACUACCAGAGUUUUACGGGUAACAUUAGCACGCCGAGUCUGUUCCAGCAGAACUGGCAAUACUCGUCCGACCGCACCGGCGUUCUGUCCUACGCUUGCCUGCCGUUCCUUUGGCUCUUUGCUGGACGCAACAACAUCUUUCUCUGGGCGACCGACUUUAAUGUGCAGUCUUUCAACAUCUUCCACCGUCACACGGCCUGGGUGUGUACCCUUCUUGCCAUUGUUCACUCGAUCGCCUACACUGUAGUCUUCCAGGUUUAUGAUGGCAGAUACCACAGCGCGCUGAAGCAGAACUACUUUUACAUGGGUAUUGUGGCUACGGUUGUUAUGGCAGUUAUGCUCUUCCAGUCUACUACUUGGCUUCGUCAGAAAUUCUACGAGACCUUCCUAAUCAUCCACGUCCUCUUGGCCAUUCUGACCAUCUACGCCUUGUUCCGCCACACUAGCUUCGACGGAACCGUCUACAACGGCUACCUCUGGCCCAUGGUCGCCAUUUGGGGCUUUGAUCGUACAGUCCGCUACGUUCGCAUGCUCUACUGCAACCUCCACGUCAAGUUCGGCAAGGGAUUCAUCUCCACAACCUCUUCCACGGUCACCUACAGCCCCGAAAGCGACUUGAUCCGGAUCGAGAUGUACCCUGCCUCUCAGACCCUGAAGCCUGGCCCGGGUCAACACUACUACCUUUACCAACCCGUCACUCUUCGCGGUUGGGAGAACCAUCCCUUCACUCUGGGAUGUUACGAGAACGCAAACUCGAAGGAAGACUCCUCGAAGCUUAUUUUCUACAUCCGUCCUUAUGACGGCUGGACUAGACGUCUGCGCGACCAAUGCCAGAAGGCUGGCACUGAAAUUCGCCCUAAGCUCCUCCUGGAAGGCCCGUACGGACACCAGGCCCCACUCCACACCUUCGACACAGUCCUCAUGAUCAUGGGUGGAACAGGUAUUGCCUGUGCUGUACCCUACAUUCUGGACCACAUCUCGCGUGUUGAGGCCGGCAAGACCAAUACCACUCGUAUCCAGCUUAUCUGGACAGGCCGCCAGAAGAAGAUCUUCGACGAAGUCUGCUGCAGAGAUCUCUCUGCGGCUUUGGAGCACAGCGACAUCACCACUACACUCUUCUGCACUGACAAGUCGGCUGCCGGAAACGUGAUUGACUCUGGAGCGACCACGCCGACGAAGGAGAAGGAGGCUGCUGCAGAUGCUAUGGCUCUCCAGGACAGGUCCAGCGGGUCUAUUCGCUCCGUCGAGGACCUGAAUGUCGAGCUGCGCUACGGCCGGCCUGCUAUUCGCGCUAGUGUCAUGACUGCUGUGCGUGAGGCGGAGGCUAGCUCAGCCCGCUUGGCUGUUAUUACGUGUGGCCCGGCCGUGAUGGCGGAUGAGUGCAGGUCUUCGGUGUACGAGGCCAUGAAAGGUGGAUUCCAAGAUAUUGAGUACUUCGAGGAGGCAUUCGGAUGGUAA